AUCACAACACAAGCGGUCUUCAUCAGGCGGGAGACUUUACCGGAAGAACCAAGAAUAUGAAUUCCUGCAGUUACCAAAGUUUCAAGUCAAAUGGUUGACUUUGCUGUGUUUGCAUCGUCUCCCCGUAGCAGCCCACACGCAUUGUGGUGGGGGCCCAAUCAAAGCUGGACGUCUGUGGACAAAAAAAAGAGCUUUAUAGCUCAUCGGAUUCCGCCAGUAUAGAAUACGCAAUAUGAUUCUGAAAGCGCUGUCCAUGCUCAGAAAAAAAACCCUGCUGAGCUUCCCAAGGUCUGAUGAGGUCGCCCGGAUUUCGGGCGCGAUUUGGUCAUAGAUGAGAAGUCUGGUUCAACAAACCAGAUGAGAAGUCUGUUUAAACAAACCAGAUAAGAAGUCUGGUUAAACAAACCAGAUGAGAAGUCUGUUUAAACAAACCAGACGAGAAGUCUGUUUAAACAAACCAGAUGAGAAGUCUGGUUCAACAAACCAGAUGAGAAGUCUGGUUCAACAAACCAGAUGAGAAGUCUGGUUCAACAAACCAGAUGAGAAGUCUGUUUAAACAAACCAGAUGAGAAGUCUGUUUAAACAAACCAGAUGAGAAGUCUGGUUCAACAAACCAGAUAAGAAGUCUGUUUAAACAAACCAGAUGAGAAGUCUGGUUCAACAAACCAGAUGAGAAGUCUGUUUAAACAAACCAGAUGAGAAGUCUGUUUAAACAAACCAGAUGAGAAGUCUGUUUAAACAAACCAGAUGAGAAGUCUGUUUAAACAAACCAGAUGAGAAGUCUGGUUUAGCAAACCAGAUGAGAAGUCUGUUUAAACAAACCAGAUGAGAAGUCUGGUUCAACAAACCAGAUGAGAAGUCUGUUUAAACAAACCAGAUGAGAAGUCUGUUUAAACAAACCAGAUGAGAAGUCUGUUUAAACAAACCAGAUGAGAAGUCUGUUUAAACAAACCAGAUGAGAAGUCUGGUUCAACAAACCAGAUGAGAAGUAUGGUUAAACAAACCAGAUGAGAAGUCUGUUUAAACAAACCAGAUGAGAAGUCUGUUUAAACAAACCAGAUGAGAAGUCUGUUUAAACAAACCAGAUGAGAAGUCUGUUUAAACAAACUAGAUGAGAAGUCUGUUUAAACAAACCAGAUGAGAAGUCUGGUUCAACAAACCAGAUGAGAAGUAUGGUUAAACAAACCAGAUGAGAAGUCUGUUUGAACAAACCAGAUGAGAAGUCUGUUUAAACAAACCAGAUGAGAAGUCUGGUUAAACAAACCAGAUGAGAAGUAUGGUUAAACAAACCAGAUGAGAAGUCUGUUUAAACAAACCAGAUGAGAAGUCUGUUUAAACAAACCAGAUGACAAGUCUGUUUAAACAAACCAGAUGAGAAGUCUGGUUCAACAAACCAGAUGAGAAGUCUGGUUAAACAAACCAGAUGAGAAGUCUGUUUGAACAAACCAGAUGAGAAGUCUGUUUAAACAAACCAGAUGAGAAGUCUGUUUAAACAAACCAGAUGAGAAGUCUGGUUAAACAAACCAGAUGAGAAGUCUGGUUAAACAAACCAGAUGAGAAGUCUGUUUAAACAAACCAGAUGACAAGUCUGUUUAAACAAACCAGAUGAGAAGUCUGGUUAAACAAACCAGAUGAGAAGUCUGGUUAAACAAACCAGAUGAGAAGUCUGUUUAAACAAACCAGAUGAGAAGUCUGUUUAAACAAACCAGAUGAGAAGUCUGUUUAAACAAACCAGAUGAGAAGUCUGGUUAAACAAACCAGAUGAGAAGUCUGGUUCAACAAACCAGAUGAGAAGUCUGGUUUCAUAAAACCAGAUGAGAAGUCUGGUUCAACAAACUCCUGGAUAGCCUUGUGUGCAAGGGCGCCAGCAUGUGUGUGCCGUGGGGUACUCGGGUAUAACAAACCAACGACUGCCACCCGAUACAAAGCGCAACGUUAGGAACAACACUACAACAGUGCACCAGGCGUGUUCGGGAUGCCACCGACUGGCACAAUGUUCAUGAGGUUAAUUAUCUCAAUGCAUUAUCAUUGGACGGCCUAGGGCAGUGUUAACAAUUUCAAGGUCCCACGGGCCACUGACGGCCCUUGGUGGCCUUUAGUGCGGCCCCUGGACAUGCGGCCCACCGACAGUGCACAAAGUGUGACACCCCCCACCCCAUCAUCAUCAUCAUCGUGCUGCUGUGAAACUCCCCUCUCCCCCCCACUGGUUUCAAAUGGUGUGGCGGGUCUCACACCGACGAUGUCUUAUUGGGCGAUAAGAAUCUCACGACAAUAUUUCUUCUGGACAAUCCCCUGAGAUGGAGGACAUCUCCGUUACCAAGGAUCCCUUGGGGGGGGGGGGGGGUGGAUUGUCAGCUUGCAUACGGCAACACGCGACGGCGCGGAUACGCAAACUCGGUAUGUAAUCUAGAAAGCUAAGCAGCGGUAAGCCUGGACACACGUUGCGCACUCGUGUUACCUUGCCAGCAGAGGGCAGUGCAGCAAAAGCCAUCGUUGUACUGCACUCUGUGCUCAGCCCACAUUUAUCAACACGCGCUGACCGUCGUGGUGAAGUAUGGUCAAAGCACAGCCUACGACCGACAGGGCAUGGAUAGGCCCUCAUCCAGCAGUGGACUGAAAAAAGGGCUGAUGUCAUAUAAUAAGAUUAUUUUGGAGUACAGUGGUGGUCCGCACCUCCGAUUAACACGGUUGGCUACGUACGGUGCGAAAGAAGUUCAACAUGCGUAAUGUACGUGAGCCUAAAUUAGUUUCUUGUCUGGGCCCGCCAGGAUCAGUAAUAGAAGAUAAUGGACAAGGAGGAUGAAAAUGAGGAGGUGGAAGGUGCAGGUGGGACGAUGGACUUCUCAAUGGUUCCCCCUCCCCUACCUCCACCACCUCCACCACCUCCACCACCACCUCCACCGUCUCUACCCACGCCCUCGGGACUGCACGCCGUGACCGAUUCGAUCCGCCGCGUCGUGAGCGAAGGACAAGCGGCGACGGAGGGAGACCUGGACGAGCCGGCGCUCAUCUUCAGCCAGAGGAGGAGCAGCUUCGAUUCGGCAUUGAAGUGGUUACUCUUCAACAAGUACGUGCCGCCGGUGAUACAGAAUGGCCCGCAAUGCGGCCUCGUGGCACUGCACAUGGCGGGGUGUCUGGUGGCCCCCGCCGGCCGUCGCCCGGAUUUGGAUGCCAUCCUUCAGACCGCAAAGGAGCGUGGCUACACUGCCCAGGGAGAGAUGUUCUCAGCUUUCGAUAUGUCACGACUGGCUGAGGACCUGUUCGGAUGUCAAGUGACACUGUUGCAGAACGGCAUGCUGGGAGAAAACCGAAGCCUCAUUAUUGAGCAUCUCGUACGGGGACAGCCCCUUCUCAUACCGUACGACUCGGACAGCAACUAUGAACCGUGUAACAAGCGCGGUCACAAGGCUCAUUGGGCGGUCGUCACCGGGGCUCUGCUUGGCGUGGAUUGGUCGGACGUGGAGACGUGUUUCGAGGAAGUUGCAGAGACUCCAGGGCUCUAUUCCGCAGAAUCUGCAGAGGACAGAGUCAAGGAGUUGUUCUCUGCACCUGGACUACAGGUGCGUGCCCUUUACCUGCUCGCCAAGCAAGGCAAGAGCGUACGCCAUCGACUCUGGGAUUUCGACCGAGUGGCUGAGAGCAACGGGCAGCUGCUCGAGUUCGACCCCCGGCGCCAGGCGGAUGGCACCACGUACGUGGUGCCAGCCGAGGGCGGCGUGCGUGCCGGGCUUUGCGGGAAGUUGCUGCUCCUGGCGCCAGCGACAGCGACGCCAGCCGUGGGAAAAUCUUAGUACUGCUGUCAUGUUCACCCCCUCCCCCCCUUCCGCCACCCCCA